UCCGCAGUCGUAACCACUGCUCAGGCAAUAAUCUGGGCGAAAGUGUUGUGUUUAGAUCUGUGAAUUGUAAACAUUUAACCGUGUCAGCCUGCCGAGUGCAGAGAAGUUCUCGUUUUUUAAACCCAAUAAGUUGAGAUAAAAUUCUCCCUGCGCUGUGAAUUUUUUCACCUGAAAGAAAUAAAACUCAGAAAGAAACAGGAAAAAUUAUGAGCAAAAAACAGAACAUGGCUAUAGAUUUCCACGACAAUAUGAUACUGCUAACCAGAAAGUAUCUGAAGAGGAAAAUCAUGUGUCCAGAAACAAAGUUCAGGCAUCAUGUCAAGGAGCGAGUACAUAUUCUGGAUUUGUUAAAAAGGACUGUUGAAAACGGUGAAAGCAAUUCGGCCUUAUUGAUCGGCCCCAGAGGUUGUGGAAAAACAACGCUCGUCAACAGCGUCCUGAAGGAAUUGUCUUCAUUAAAAUCGUUCAAAGACGAAGCGCUCGUCGUGAACUUGCACGGUUUAGUUCAUACCGACGAUCGUCUUGCGCUCAAAGACACCACACGUCAGAUGCAGCUGGAAAACGCAGUUGGUGACAAAGUGUUUGGCACGUUCGCAGAGAACUUGAGCUUCCUACUGGAAUGUCUCAAGUCUGGAGACAAGACUCGAUCAAAACCUGUAAUUUUUAUCCUGGAUGAGUUCGACCUGUUUUGCGCCCACCGAAACCAGACUCUGCUCUAUAAUUUGUUCGACGUAGCGCAAUCGGCACAGUCCCCGAUAUGCGUGCUCGGACUCACCUGCAGGCUUGACGUUAUCGAGCUUUUGGAGAAGCGUGUAAAGUCCAGGUUCUCACACAGACAGAUAUUUCUUUUUCCGGGCGAUACAUCUGGCUCAGAUCAACCCACCUCUGCUUUUGACGAUCGCCUCAAGUUGUUCCAGCACCUCCUUAGCCUGCCUGACGACGAAAAUGUAAACGAGACCGAUCAGCAGUAUGAGGAUUGUAAAAUAAAUCCGCAGUUCGGCGCCAGAUGGAACGAGUACAUAAAAAGUCUGACCGAAAACAUAACUAUGGUCAAUUUUUUGAAGAGAAUGUACCAGCUGGACGUCAGCGAGAGGAGUUUCAGAAACUUUUUGGCCCUUGUUAUAUCGUCGCUGUCCGAGAAACAUCCGAAAUUAGAAGUGAACGAUUUCGUCGAGGCUAACAAGUUCUUCAAUCAGGACGACAAGGUUCUCACCCUUCAAGGGUUGUCUGUUCUAGAAUUGUGCCUGAUUAUCGCCAUGAAACAUCAGACCGAAAUAUACGACGACGAGCCGUUGAAUUUCGAAAUGGUUUUGAACAGAUACGUUAAGUUCGCCAAUCAGAAUUCGUCCAUUCAAACAGUCCAGCGACCUGUGAUCAUGAAGGCUUUUGAACACAUCAAGAAUUUGGAGCUGAUUCAGCCAGUUGGAGGGCCGAACACCCGAGUUGAGAAAGAGCAUCAGCUCUAUAAGUUUUCACUCGGCUGGCAGCAGAUAGCCGAUGCCGUUAAAAAUUAUCCCGAGCUUCCAACUGAAGUUUCCCAAUGGGCGGUUAGCAGUUUACAAUAGAAAAUCCGUGCAUCUAACUCACUUUAACGAAACGCGUUAAAGCUGCGCAGUUCUUCGACAAUAGGAUUGUUGUUUUGUUUUAUUUUACAUUUUUUACAUCCUCGUAUUUAACGACGUUCCCGUUACCAGUAUUCAUAGGGUUUUACGUACAACCCCUAUUAUUGUAUUCGAUAGGUAAAAAUGAAACGUACGUAGAGUUUCUAGUUCUAUAAAUAUAUUCAAUUACGUUGGUUAUCAUACUUUAAAAUGGUAGAAUAAUUGUGUAGCCAAUAUUUUAUUAUUAUUAGGUAGUACUACUGUAAAGUCUAGGCGAAAGAAUGAAUCGCGCGAUUAACAGAUCUCGUCUCUUGAUUAUCUGAUUGUAUUAUUUAUCUCUUACGUACAUGUAUUUUACAAGUUAAAGGCUUUAAUUUAUUUAUUUACACUAUUUAUUUGUAUUUCGGAAAACACGAG